AGCCUGAAUGGGCUGCCAUUGUCUAUGUCGCUGGUUUCCUGCCCACACUACAGCUAACUACACCUGUCUCACGAGCCGUCUGGGAGUCAAUACAGAGAACACAGCGUACUACGCUGAACAGUUUAGUGUUUGGGUGAGGACACCUUGAUAGAGCAUGGCGUCUACCGUCAGCCUACUCCGUGAGAAGUCCUUCCUGUGCUUUCUGUGCAGAGAUGUCUUCAUCAAUCCCGUCACUAUUCCAUGCGGACACAGUUUCUGCAAAACCUGUCUCUGCCAUUCUUGGUCCAAGCACCAGUCCACCUUCUGCCCACAGUGUAAAAGAGUGUUUUCCACAAGGCCGGACCUUAGUAUCAACAGAAUCCUCGCAGAUGUGUCAGAGAACUAUAGGAAAAAUCGGCCGCUGAAGCCACCCGUUGAAAAAGUUGAAGCGAAUGUUGGGCAAAUGAUUCAGGAAAGGCAGCACAAGAUAGAGAGGUUGAAGUAUUCGGUCCAGCUCCUAAAGACCUCUUGUCUCAGAGAGGUGCGAGAGAGCCAGAAGGUGUUUUCCGCUCUGGUCCAUUCCAUGGAGAAGAGCCACAAGUGGGUGGUGGCCGCCAUCGAGGAGCGGGAGCAGGAGGAGGAGAGGAAGGUGGAGAUGCUGAUCCAUGAUCUGGAGCAGGAAAUCAGACAACUGAGGAGCCAGGAGCAGAGAAAGGAGGCCCUUAAAUACGGUUCUCAGGUUCUUCAUACUAGCGAAAACGACGAUGCGGAACCCGUCGUGCCAUCGUGUGCGUCUCUUACUAUUUGCCCCACCGAUAUGAAAGACUGGUCGAAGGUUACCAUGGAAACCGACCCUUGCGUUGCCAUCACCAGGAGAGCUCUUUCUGAGAUGAUGGAUAUGCUAAAGGAAGAGGUUAAUCGACUGUCAAAAUCUGAACUUAAAAGAAUACGGAAAUACACAGCGGAUGUCAACCUGAGUCCUAAGACGGCGCACCCCUCGCUCUCCAUCUCAGAGGACAGAAAGCAGGUGAGACACACGGACAAGCUCCAAGAGGUGCCGGACAACCCCAAGAGGUUCGACCGCGUGGCCAACAUCCUGGGCAGGGAGAGUUUUGGCGCCGGCCGGUACUACUGGGAGGUGGAGGUGGGGGACAAGUUGGAAUGGAACAUCGGCGUGGUAAGACAGACCAUCAACAGGAAGGGGAAGUUCACCGUCUGCCCGGCCAACGGCUUCUGGACUCUGAGCCUCAAGCCCGGAGGCCAGUACAUCGCCAACAGCUCACCGGCCACGGUGGUGGCCGUGGAGGAGAAGCCCAGGAAGGUGGCUGUGUUUUUGGACUAUGGAGAGGGCCACGUGUCCUUCUACUGCGUGGAAAGCGGGGUUCACAUGUUCACAUUCAGGGACAGCUUCACAGACAGACUCCAUCCGUUCUUCAGUCCUGGUCGCCUACACGGAGGCCGGAACGCUGCGCCUCUUAUCGUCACCUCCAGCUGUUGCAGCAUCUGAACUUCUUAUGUAAGAUGACUGAAAAUGAUCCAUUUUUAUACGACUGAAUUGUUUUCACUGUACUUUCUUGUUAAAUGUGCCUCCAAUUGUUCUUUGUAAAUUAUUCAGGUUAGUCAUUGAACGUCGCAUGGGCACAACAAUUAAAAAGAAUUACCAUCGGGA